AUGAAUUAUCAGAGUAGUGUUGUUGGGGGUCUACAUAGCCAGAAGGAAUCAACCGAUGGAAGUCCUAUGAACAUUAGGGAAUUCAAUUUUUCCCGUAAUUCGGUCAUCUCACCCAUUGCCUCAGAUUCUGAUUCUGAAGAGAGCUGUGACGAUAUCUGGCAUGUAGAUACAAGCAAUGCGGAGAAUGAAUAUCAUUACUUUUCAGAAACAGAGAGUGAGGAUGAAAGUCAAGUAGUUGAGGAACACCAAGAGGACUACAAUAAUGGCACAUCUACAUCUCUUGGAAGGAUUGAUUAUGCCCCAAAAUUAAAACGUAGAAGAACCCAGUCGAAGAAGACUUUGUCGAACGUAACGAAAGAAGGUUACAAAGAUGACGGUGACAUUGACAACGAAUGUCCAGUUUGCGGAGCAUUGUUUUGGUAUAAUGAGCGAAUCAGUAAGAAUAGAAAAGCUAAAAGAGCUGUUUUCACGAUGUGUUGUAUGAGGGGGAAAAUCAAACUUCCACUACUGCAGGAACCCCCGGAGUUUCUACAAGGACUUCUAACCAACGACGAUGCUAUCAGUAAGCAUUUCAGAGAAAAUAUUAGAUCACUGAAUAUGAUGUUUUCCUUUACUUCACUUGGAGGAAAGAUUGACAAUUCCGUCAACAGUGGAAAAGGUCCUAAAGUUUUUAAACUACAUGGUGAGAAUUAUCAUUUGAUUGGGAGUAUGAAACCUAAGCCCAAAGAGAAAGCAAAGUUCUCGCAGUUAUACAUACAUGAUACUGAGAACGAGGUUCAGAACAGAAUUUCAGCAUUGAGUGGUAAUUCUGAGCGAAGUAAAAUCAGAGAAGAUUUGGUGGAGUCUAUUAUGAAUAUGUUAAGACAGUGUAAUGUCCAUGUGAAGACGUUCCGCAAUGCAAUGGACAGAUUCAAUGAUGAAGAAGAUAGUCAGGAGCUGUGUCUGAAACUUAUCCAUAACCGUGUAAAGGAUGGACGAGUAUACAAUCUCCCUACAUCGUCUGAAGUUGCUGGAUUAGUUGUUGGAGAUUUCCGAAUUAACAUGGAUAAAAGAGAUAUUAUUCUGGAGAAAAAUUCGGGAAAGCUGAAAAGGAUUCAUGAGUUGCACCCUUGCUAUUUACCACUUCAAUAUCCUCUUAUAUUCCCUUAUGGAGAAGAUGGAUUUCGAUUGGGGAUCCAACAUGGUUAUACAGGAAACAAGAAAAAUAAGAAACCAAAUAUUAGUAUGCGAGAAUUCUUUGCAUAUCGGAUUCAAAUCCGGAAGGUUGGUUCUCAAGCACUUCUUCUUUCAAGGCGUUUACUUCAGCAGUUUUUGGUCGAUGCUUAUACAAUGAUCGAAACUCAUAGGCUUCGGUACAUAAGAAAAAACCAGGCGAAUCUAAGGUCUUUGAGUUUCAGUAAGUUUGUGGCUGCUUCGAAUCAGGGUUUAUCGUCUCUUCCUAUUGAAGGAAACCGUAUCAUAAUUCCCUCAUCUUUCACCGGUGGGCCUCGAGACAAAUUUCCAUGUGCUGAGGAUAUUGAUCGCAUAAUAUCAGCUGAGAUUCCUGAGAGAACUGAAGAACCUAUAUUGUAUGAAAUCGUGAGAGACACUAUGAUUCAUGGUCCAUGUGGUGUUGUUAACAAGGAUUCUCCCUGCAUGAUAGAUGGUAAGUGUUCAAAAUUCUUUCCUAGGAAGAUUGUAGAGAAAACAACAGUUGACUCACAAGGCUAUCCUGUAUACCGGAGAAGAGAUAAUGGUGCUUUCAUUGAGAAAAGGGGUAUUCAUUUGGAUAACAGGUUUGUCGUUCCUUAUAACAAAGAGCUUCUUCUUGGAUACAAUGCACAUAUCAAUGUCGAGUGGUGUAACCAGUCUCGAUUUAUUAAGUAUCUAUUUAAGUACAUCAACAAAGGACAUGAUUGUGUUACUGCAACAGUAACUCAGAAAUCUAAAAGUGAUGCCAUGGGGUCAGAGGAUAAUUCAGAUACUACUAAUUCUGGAAAUAAUGCAAACCCCGCUGAGGGUGAUGAGGAAGAAACCGUUGAUGAAAUUAAAAAGUAUUUCGAGGCCAGGUACAUUUCUGCUUGCGAAGCUACAUGGAGAAUUUUAGCCUUUCCAACACAUUAUCGAUCUACACCUGUUGAGAAACUAACGUUUCACCUAGAAGGAGAUCAACCGGUGAUUUAUAGAGAGGGUGAUACAGUUGAUACUGUAAUGGCUCGUGCUAAAACAACCAAAACGAUGUUUUUAGCUUGGUUUGAUUGUUGCGAGAAUUAUCCAGAAGCUAGACUACUCACUUAUGCAGAACUUCCAACUAAAUUCAUAUAUGAUGCGAAGGCUACUGUGUGGAAAAAACGGAAGAAGGGUUUUGCUAUUGGAAGGUUGACACCUGUUUCACCAAGUGCUGGAGAACUUUUUUAUCUGAGGGUAUUGAUUAAUAAGGUUAAAGGGCCAAGGUCUUAUGAUGACAUCAAGACAGUAGAUGGAAUUCUUUACCCAAGUUUUGAGGACGUCUGUUAUGAGCUUGGUUUGUUGGAUGAUGACAAAGAGUAUAUUGAAGCUCUAAAAGAAUGUAGUUUCUGGGCGACAGGAAGUUAUGUUCGACGUCUAUUUGCUCAGAUGUUAUUAUCUGAAAGCUUAUCGACGCUGAGAUUGGUUUGGGAUUCCACCAAAGACAUAUUAUCCGAAGAUGUUCUUUACCUUGAACGAAAAAAGCGACGAAACCCAAAUCUCAUCUUGACAGAAGAACAGAUUGAGAAUAUCACGUUGUUGAUGAUAGAUAAGUUGCUGCGAAAAAAUAAUACAUCUUUGGAACGAUGGAAGACCAUGCCUCAGCCAGUUGACAAUGAUCAAUAUUCUCAUGGUAAUCAGCUUCUCGAAGAUGAACUUAAUUACCCUCAGGAAGAGUUGCGCACUAGACACCAGGAACUGUUUAGACAGUUGACCGAUGAGCAGAGGACAGUAUACGAAGAGAUAAUGGCCUCUGUCAAUACAUCAUCAGGAGGGGUCUAUUUUGUAUAUGGAUAUGGUGGAACAGGGAAAACAUUUAUCUGGAAUCUGCUUUCAGCUUCUAUACGUUCAAGAGGUGAUAUCGUUCUAAAUGUUGCUUCUAGCGGAAUUGCAGCUUUACUACUACCUGGAGGAAGAACAGCGCAUUCCAGAUUUAGCAUUCCAAUUAACCCAGAUGAAUUCUCUACAUGCAAGAUUCAACCAGGUAGUGAUCAGGCAGAAUUAAUUUCAAAAGCGUCUCUUAUUAUUUGGGACGAAGCCCCUAUGAUGAGUAGACAUUGCUUUGAAGCUUUAGAUCGCAGUCUCUGUGACAUUAUGAAGACAACCAAUGAAACUCCUUUUGGUGGUAAAGUGGUAGUCUUUGGAGGUGAUUUCAGACAAAUAUUACCAGUUAUUCCUAAGGGAAAUCGAACUGAUAUAGUUAUGGCUGCUCUAAACUCAUCGUAUUUGUGGAAAUAUUGCAAAAGAAUAUAUUUGAGUUCAGAUAGUAUUGAUCCUGCUGAUACUAAAUCGAAAGAUGACUCUGUAUUCACACCUGACUUUCUUAAUAGUAUCAAAGCAUCUGGGUUACCUAAUCAUUCUUUACGGCUGAGGAUUGGUACACCAGUGAUGCUAUUGCGGAAUCUUAAUACUAACGAAGGUCUGUGUAACGGGACAAGGUUGAAAAUUACCCAACUGGGUAAUCAUCUCCUCGAAGCUAAGGUUAUUACAGGCACUAGAGCAGGUGAGAAGGUUUUCUUACAUCGUAUUCUGAUAACACCUACCGAUUCUAAGCUUCCUUUUAAGAUGAGGCGUAGACAAUUUCCUUUGAAAGUAGCUUUUGCCAUGACAAUAAACAAAAGCCAGGGACAAACACUAGCGAAAGUGGGUCUGUUUUUGCCUAGACCAGUGUUCUCGCAUGGCCAGUUAUAUGUAGCUGUCUCUCGAGUGAAGUCCAGGAAAGGGUUAAAGAUCUUAAUUACAGACAAAGAUGGGGCGUGCCCACAGAGUUCAACCAUGAAUGUUGUUUACAAGGAAGUUUUCCAGAAUUUGUUUGAAGAGAAAGACACACAAAGUUGA